AUGAAGCUCAUCACUUUGGCACUCCUGUUCUCCUCUUUUUCCUCUCUGACCCUGACAGAGGUUGCUAAUAAUUUUGUUCAGUGGAAGUUUAACUGUCAUGACUUCUUCAUCCGUAACCCCUCCAAAAAAAGUGUCCUCAUCGUCCCCACUAUCUUUAAAGGACCUCAGUAUAAGAUGAUUUGUCAGCGCUGGAAACAUGAAUACAGAUUUGCCACCCUGUAUGACACUGAGAGGAGGAUCCCUGUUUUCUCGGCCUACACAUUCUUUGAGGAUUUGAAGACUAAACGCAGCAAAAUAUGGAAAAUUGAACCUCAGCUUGAAAACAUCGAAGAGUAUAAAAAGAAAAAAGAGAUGGUGGAUUCAAGAGAAGUUGAAAAUAACGCAAAUAUAACUCACCAGGCUGUGGACUUAGAUUACAAAGACAGGGAGGUUAAUAAAACUGUAUAUACUCGAGGUCAUGUGUUCCCAUGUAACUAUGCAGCUAGUCAGGAUCAAGCAGAUUCCACCUUCACUUUAACAAAUGUAGCACCACAAUCAAAUGUCAGCAACUGGAACUGGGAAAAGCAAGUGGAGCAACCAAUGCUUCAUAACAUAACCAACAUCUGCAGGAUAAACCAAAAUCAAAAGGUGUACAUUGUGACUGGAGUCAUUCCAGGGGACGAAAGGUUAAACAUCAAAAGAAAUGAUAAAAAUAUAGAAAAGGGAAUUAACAUUCCCAGUCACUUUUGGAGCGCUUUCUGCUGCACCAGUAAAAACAAUAAUACCAAACUCAUAUCGAGGGCCUACAUCGCUGAGCUAGGGAUAUUUAAACGCAGGUGCACCACCAUUGACAAGCUGAAUGAACAACUCACUAUAGAGUAUCGUAAGAGAAAGUCACUGAAGGAAGAUGAGUAUUUCAGUGUUUUUCCAGGAUUAUCAGUGGAUAACAUAGAGUAUCCCUGUUAA